AGGGAGGAGGUAGAGGGAAGCGGGCCUGGGCACAGGCGGGGCGGCGGCGGGCCGGUGUCUGUGUCUCUCAGCGCCGAGGCUCGCGGGCGCUGCGCGGAGGACGGCGUGGAGGCGCGGCCUGCCUGCCUCCACAGCCCGCGGCGACACGCCGGGGACUAGGGCCAGGCGGCCUCGCGGUGCCGCGGCGCACGCUUCCUGGGAGUUACUGAGUGUCUCUGAAGAAACAUGAAGUCACUCUCUGUUGUUAUGCUUACCCUGGUCAUCCUGGUAUUCCUGACAUGGGUCCCUGUGUCACUGAGUUGUAACAAAGCACUCUGUGCUAGUGAUGUGAGCAAAUGCCUUAUACAGGAGCUCUGCCAGUGCCGACCUGGAGAAGGAAAUUGUUCCUGCUGUAAGGAGUGUAUGUUAUGUCUUGGGACACUUUGGGAUGAAUGCUGUGAUUGUGUUGGUAUGUGUAAUCCCCGAAACUACAGUGACACGCCUCCAACUUCUAAGAGCACAGUGGAGGAGCUUCAUGAGCCUAUCCCUUCACUCUUUCGGGCUCUCACAGAAGGAGACACUCAGUUGAACUGGAACAUCGUCUCCUUCCCUGUUGCAGAAGAGCUUUCCCAUCAUGAGAAUCUGGUUUCAUUUUUAGAAACUGUGAACCAGCCACACCACCAAAAUGUGUCUGUUCCCAGCAAUAAUGUUCAUGCGCCUUAUUCCAGUGACAAAGAGCACAUGUGUACUGUGGUUUAUUUUGAUGACUGCAUGUCCAUACAUCAGUGUAAGAUAUCCUGCGAGUCCAUGGGGGCGUCCAAAUACCGCUGGUUCCAUAAUGCCUGCUGUGAGUGCAUUGGUCCAGAGUGCAUUGACUACGGCAGUAAAACUGUCAAGUGUAUGAACUGCAUGUUUUAAAGAAGGAACAGAGAUGUAAACCCAAGCAGUUUAUCUAAGGUGUGAAAAGCUAUGCAGUGGUAUCUACUGGUUGCAUCCGAAUGCCAGCAGAUUAAGAAGAUGUAGAGAAUUUGAGCUGAGUUACUUUUGAAGUGUGAAAAAUCCAUGAUUGUGUUAAAUUAUGAUUAUAACUGCUCUAUUUAUCUUACUGCUCGCUGCUACUAAUAAGCCCUUUCUUCUUAAACUCGUGUACAACUUUGGUAACAUGAGAAGCAGAUGCACAGAGAAUGCCUUGAGAGAGGUGAUGUUUCUAACACAAAGCCUGGUGUCAUUUUCUUGUCACAUUCCAAAAGCCUUUUGUGUUGGAGGUCUAGAGUAUGUUAACCUUAGUUUUAAUUUCUUCAUGUACUACUCCUAGGACACUGGCUUUUUAGGGUUGUUUGCCUUUUUUCACUGUACCUGGUAUUAUUUUCUGUUCCAUAAAUAGGGUAGAUAUUCAAAUAUAUCACCCUGAGAAUUCACCAAAAAAUCCACAUAAAAAGCUUAAUUUCAGACCUCUUUAUGUUGGUUUUAGAAGGUAAAUGCUUACUGUAGUUUAACCUUACAGAAGAGAAUCCACCCUACACAUACACAUACUGGCAAAGCUUUAGGGAAAGUUUCUCCUCCUCCUCCAUCCCCUGCCCCAAGUGCUGAUGUGGGAAGUGCUGAAGCAUCUUCAUGAAGGCUUGCAGGGCACACCUGAGACUUUGUGAACUACUCUGCUGGGGUAAGUAAUUAGGAAGGGAGAGCUUUUUUCUGACUUAAGGUGCUAGCCUAAAGAGCACCAGGAGUGGGAAAAACUGCCAAACUGGACUUUGGGAAACAUGCCCCUUUUAUGGAAAUAGGGAAGCUGUGCUCACUGGGCACGGGGACAAGCCCGCUCAGCCUUAGUGCCACGUUCUCCAGUGGAUGGACAGGAGGUCGGUCAGAGGCGAUGAAGCAGAGUUAGCAGUAUGAAUGGAAAGGGUUGAAAAUGCUGGGGGUUCUAACGGAAACAAACUUAAGAUUAUUUACAUUAAUUAUUGUGUUAGUUUGUAAUCUUUCCUUUAGGUUCACAUCUAGAUCAGAUGUUCUUGUUAAACAAGGAUAAUCACACAGUAGGAGGUUAAAAUAAUGAACCCCCCCCCAAAUUCUCUAUUUAAGAUGAUGUUAACUCUAAAUAUACUACAGAAUGUUUUGUCAGCUUUUCAUAUAAUGUUUCAAUGAAGAUAAGCUUAAACUGUAUGUGCCCUUCAUGGCAAUAAAAUCCCGAUCUUCAAGCAUAAACCUAAAGUGUAAAUAUUUAUAUUCAGAGACUCUUAACUUUACAAAAUUUCUCAAAUAGUACAUAUUUGAAUUACAAGUAACCUUUUAGGAAUACCUCUUUGUAUAUCUAAAUAUUUUAGUAUAUAAAAAUAGGUAAUACUCUUGGACACUUUGUAUUCAUUAUCUGAAUAGUAGUUUCAAGAUCAUGUAUAAUAUUAUAAUUAACUAUCAUGAAGUGUAAAGACUUGAUACUGUUUCUGCUCUUUCAGAUAACUCUGAGGUUAUCUGUAACACUCAAGGUACUUUUUUAGACUUUUAAAAAGUUGAAAUUUAGUCCUGGAUGUAUUUUUUUUUUUUUUGAUAGGAAAACAUCGAGAUGUCCUUUUCUUUUACCUAGAAUGCCUGUUUAUAAGUGCCUUGAAAAAAACAUAGUUCCCUGUCUUCAUUAACACCUGUAAAACUGAAGGUUUUCUUGAACUUAAGAGAAAAUUUUAAAGGAGUCUGCAGCCAGCUGCUUCAUUUCAACUUUGCUGUUUUUCAGAGUAAUUCAUACCUGUGAAUAGAGGAAGGCUUUUGUGUUUAUUGACAACAUGCUUAAUGUUUCCCUAAAUAUGUCAGCAAACUUUUAAAUACUGUAUUUAUCAUCUUUUUUAGGACUUCUUUCUUAAAUUUUAAAAUAUAAUAUUUCUUAUUGGAAGAAUAAUUUCUUGAACCAUGUUAUGUUUUAACUGAUUUUUCUUACCUCUAUUUUGCUCAGUAGAAAUUAUCCCUAAAUGUAAUGGUUUUAUAUUCAAAUUUUAUUUAAUUUUUCUGGCUUAUGAAGGAGUUAGAAGAAAGCAUUCACUUAAAAGAUUCCAUUUCCAGUUCUAUAGUGUAUUUCAGGUUUUAAAUAAUCACAUUUUUCCAAAUUAAAAGAAUUUGGAAAUUCUUUUCCAUUUCCCAAUUUCAGUCAAUUUGGGAAACUGAUAGCCCCACUAAAAUUUACUCCUUCUAAUACCAAUCUAAGCACAAUUCACUUCUAUAUUGAUGCUGUGCUUAAAAAAAUUAAUCAAAAAUUUAUACUUAGAUCAAAAAAAUUAAAUCAGUAGAUAUUAUAAAAGCCAUAUAUAUAAAGGUUUCUUUCCUUUAGUAAGACAUGAACUUGCUUAUUGGUUUUUCUGUCCCCCCCCCCCCAUAACAUCUGAUUAUUAACCGAAACUGUACUCACAACUGUGGCACCAAAACAAAUGAUAAUUCAAAUACAAUAAGUCUUUAUUUACAUA